AUGGCGUCGACAACACGCAGGCUGCUGUUGCAGUCAAGACAAUGCCCGUCGCGGAUACGACCCCGAGCAGGACCGAGACAUACAAGCACACAAUGGCAGCGCCCAAUGUCUAUAACGGCUCGUCGAUAUGCCGACGAGCCCACGAAAGAGGGCUCUGCAACUUCAGCCAAUGCCAACCCGCUUACAGAGACGCUCGAUGAGCUCAGCCCGGAAUUGAACUACUCGAAUACCACGCCUUCAAAGGACUUCAAAGAAAUGUCGCAGACGGAGCGUGACGCCGCCAUGCUGGAUAAUCUGCGUGCCUCGCUCGCAGAAAUCGACCCCGCAGCCGUUGCCGACGCCCUGCGCAAGGGAAAGCGCGGACUUCCCCAGACGUCGGAUUUCGGGCUGGAAGCAGACGAGGAUUUUGAUAUUGAAGAGGACGACAAGAGGAGGGCUGCAAUGGGCUUCUGGGCCGAGGGAGAAGAGAGUAUGGGGCCGGAUGAGGACUACUACGGCGACGAUUUGACGACGCAUGGCCAUGGAGAGUUGCAGCAGCACAGGGAGUUGAGGGAGUAUGCUCGGCUGAUUGCGUGGGAGCUGCCGCUUCUGAGUCAUCUCGCCCAGCCCUUUACACCCCCCACAGCAGCAACCCCGUUCCGGUUCCGCUACACAUCGUAUCUGGGGGAGUCGCAUCCCGCCAGCAACAAAGUCGUAGUUGAAUUCGCGCCCGCAGACCUGAUGCAAUCGCACUCUCUCACGGAGCCGCAAGUCUCCAAGCUAAUCAAGCUCGCGGGCCCGCGCUACAACCCGUCGUCCCAGAUCAUCAAGCUCUCGUGCGAGCAAUUCGACACGCAAUCGCAAAACAAGCGCUUCCUCGGCGACACCAUUGCCGCGCUGAUCAAAGAAACACAAGAGGGAAAAGACACGUUCCAAGACGUCCCCUUUGACUUUCGCCAUCACACGCCCAAAAAACGACACGAGUUCCCCAAGGAAUGGAUCUUGACCAAGGACCGCAAGCAGUAUCUCGACGACAAGAGGAGGCGCGCGGCGUACCUGGAGGACCAGAGGGCUGGCAACGGCGAGCUCGUGGAUGGAAAGAGGAUUGUAGAGACCAAUCUGCCGUUGAUGGCGCAGAGCUCGCCUGUACCGGAGAAUGUCUUGGUUGGCGGGCUGAGGGGGAAGCCGCUAAGGUAGUUGUUGUCUUGGGACUGAGCAACCAACCUAUUGCCAAAGCAUAUCUGACCCUUGUUUUGUUUGCAAGAACUGUAUCCUGCUACCGCCUUUUUGUAUCAUUACAAGGCCUCUCGUCUUUUUU